CUUCGUCUCUCAUAAACACCGCGAUUGAAAAUUCGGGCCGUCACGUUGUUUUGUCUAGCAACCCGUCCUCUCUUCGUCUCUCAUAAACGAAACCCUAGAUUUCCCAUCUGCGUGCGGCGGCGAGCGGCGAGCGGCGGCGAGCGGCAGCGAGGAGCGAGCGGCGGCGAUAGGCGAGAGGUGACGGCGAGCGGCGUCGUUUCAUCAAAAGUGACGACGAGUGACGGCGAGCGACGAGCGGCGACAAACGGCGAGCUCGAUCCUCUCUGUGACAUGAUUGAAUCCUGAUGCUUCGUACCAGGUGCGUCAGCCUUUUCAACCUCCUAUAUAGAUCUCUCCAAUAAUCGCUCUCCCCUCCUUCCUUUUGUUUGGCACGAAAAAAGCGUUUAGAUUCUCCCUAGGCUUUUACUCGUCAAUGGCGGCUAGGGUUUGGAGGAGCUCCUUUAAAGAGAUAUUGGGUCGAAGGCUGAAAUUUUCAGCCGCUGGGAUCAGGCUGUCGAGUUCGAUUCCGGGUUCAGAUGUAGCCGCUCCAAAAAUCCCUCCUUCCCUCAAAAAGGGUAGGCUCUUGACUGGAACAAUGAUAGGUUUAGCGAUAGCCGGAGGAGCUUACGUUAGUACCGUAGAUGAAGCGACAUUUUGUGGAUUGUUGUUCAAUGCUACAAGAGCUGUGAACCCAUUAUUUGCAUUGCUUGAUCCAGAGGCUGCUCAUCGUGUGGCAGUAUCAGCAGCAUCUCAUGGGUUUGUCCCUAGGGAAAAAAGACCCGAUCCUGCUAUACUGGGGCUGGAAGUUUGGGGACGGAAGUUUUCCAACCCUAUUGGUCUCGCUGCAGGCUUUGAUAAACAUGCUGAAGCAGUUGAAGGUCUACUUGGGCUAGGCUUUGGCUUCAUGGAAAUUGGGUCGGUUACCCCCAUGCCACAAGAGGGUAACCCUAAGCCUCGUAUCUUCAGAUUGCCAAAGGAGGGUGCUAUCAUCAACCGAUGUGGGUUCAAUAGUGAAGGUAUAGUGGUGGUGGCAAAGCGUCUUGGCGCUCAGCAUGGUAAGAGGAAGAUGGAAAACACUUCAAGCUCUCCCCACUCAAUGAAUGAUGAAGUAAAGCAAGGAGGGAAAGCAGGUCCAGGCAUUCUCGGAGUCAACAUUGGAAAGAACAAAACAAGCGAAGAUGCAGUGGCUGACUAUGUUCAAGGAGUUCAUACCUUAUCCCAGUAUGCAGACUACUUGGUUAUAAAUAUCUCUUCCCCAAACACUCCUGGGCUUCGCAAACUUCAGGGAAGGAAACAAUUGAAGGAUCUUGUAAAGAAGGUUCAAGCUGCUCGUGAUGAGAUGCAAUGGGCUGAGGAUGGUCCCCCACCGUUGCUUGUGAAGAUUGCUCCAGACUUGUCUAAACAGGAUCUUGAAGAUAUUGCAGCGGUUGCUCUUGCUCUCCGCUUGGAUGGAUUGAUCAUAUCAAAUACGACCAUCUCAAGGCCAGACCCUGUAAGCCAGCACCCAUUAGCUGGAGAAGCUGGUGGCUUAAGUGGCAAACCACUCUUUGAGAUGUCAACCAAUGUUCUUAAGGAGAUGUAUAUCCUCACCAGGGGUAAAGUCCCUCUUGUUGGUUGUGGUGGUGUUAGCAGUGGUGAAGAUGCAUACAAAAAGAUUCGGUCUGGAGCAUCGCUUGUUCAACUUUAUACAGCUUUUGCUUAUGGUGGACCAGCACUCAUUCCCCUGAUAAAGGCUGAGUUGGCAGAGUGCUUAGAAAGAGAUGGUUUCAAAUCUGUUCAGGAAGCUGUUGGUGCUGAUUGCAGAUAGUCUGUAGUAAAUUUCUUAGAGAGCAGAGCACUACAGUAGUUAUUGAAAUUGGUCUUGCGAAGUUGUGAGUUUUCAUUAGUAAACCUUGGCCACUUUGUUUAUUCAAAAGAAAAAAGGAAAAAAAAAAGGUUACUGCAUCAGAUUUCAGAGGGAGUAGCUAGUUUUCUUUUGAGAUGAGUAUGCUCAACCCUUGCCUUCUCCUGAUUCUCUGUGAUAGUGAAAUUUUGAUUCAAUAUUAACUGUUUCCUGAAACAAAAUGAGAAAAAAAACAAAGCAAGAUGUCGGUAGGAUUCUGGGGUUUGUUUGUAUUUAUUACUCAUAUCUAUCAAUAAACAUUUUGAAUGAGCUCAUGA